AUGGACCAACUUGAGCAACUGUCGCUCGUGAGCAAAGUGCUCAGCGAGCUCGAAAAUCACUUCGGAAUGGCCAACAAGGACAUUGCUGAGUUUGUGAUAGAGUUGGCGAAAGAGAACCCGACUUUUGACAAAUUUAAAAAAGAAUUGCAGAAUCAGGGACUUGAUGAACAGGUUUGUGCUGAACUUUGUUGGAAAAAUUUGCGGAGAAAAGUGGAAAACCCGUUUUUUCGCUUUUUUCACUAAAAACAUGCUGGAAAAUAGGGAAAACGUAAGAAAGCUUGUUUCUAGAUAAUUUUGUACAAAAUAGGUCUCAAAUCUGAAGGAUAAUCGAUUUUUCCCCAUUUCUUUUCAAAACUCAAUAUAAACGACGCGGAAAAAAUUACCAUGGAAUUCAUGCAGUUCUGUCAAGAUUUCUACAUUCUCUCGUUCAAAAAUUCAUGAAAAGCUCAAUUCCUACAUAUUCACCUCAAAAAAUUCCAAAAUCGCUCGUUUUUGCAGUUUGACGACUCGCUUACCGCCACAGUGCUGCGCAUAGUUCAGAGCAUGUCCAGCACGAAGAAGAAGAGCAAAAAGGGCGAUUCGAAGGAGGACGUCAAAGAAUCGCACAAAAUCACGUUGAUUUCCGAUGCGAAAGACGAGAUCAAGGCGCGAUUGCCGGCGCUGGCGAUGGCCAACACGGUCGUGGAGAAGGAGGAGGAGGGCGACGAUCUGAUGGCGCAGUUGGAGAAAAUGGAGGGGAAAUAUGUGCAGGAGGUAGGUAAAUCGGCGAAAAUUGCCAAAAAUUCAAGUUUAUCGAGCAUUUCACCCAUCUUCCGCUUUGAAAUCGAACAAUUUGACAGUUUUCUCGAGAUUUCGCAGCAGAAGAAAAAUCAUGGAAAUCCUGAAGAAAUCGCGUUUUUCACCAAUUUUUUGGUAAAAAUCAUCGAGUUCCGUCGGAUUUUGCCAACUUUCAUGAGAACCUUGCUUUUUCGAUAAAAACCUGAUUUUCUUGCAGAAAAGUCAAAAAUCGUCCACAUCACGUCGUCGCACGCGCUCCAGAAGUCACGAACGCGAAAAGAAGCGUCGUCGGAGCCGAAGCCGAGAUCAUCGCCGCAAAGAUCGAAGCAGAAGUCGUGAGGACCGAAGAAGAAGGCGGGAAAGAUCGAGAAGUCGUGAGAAAGGACGAGAUCGGCAGCAGGAGGCACGAUUCGAGCGACGUCCCGAUGUGGCGGAGAUUGGAAAAAUCUACGAGGGCCGCGUGAACUCGAUCCAGUCGUUCGGGGCGUUCGUACAGCUGGAAGGGUUCCGCCAGAAGCAGGAGGGCCUCGUCCACAUUUCUCAGAUCAGAAACGAGCGAGUGCAGACGGUGGCGGACGUGUUGAAGCGGGGCGAACGCGUGAAAGUGAAGGUGAUCCGCAUCGAGAACGGCAAGACGUCGUUGUCGAUGAAGGAGGUCGACCAGCAGAGCGGAGAGGACCUCAACCCGCGGGAGGCGGACCUCAACCCCGAUGCGAUCGGAGUGCGGCCGAGGACUCCGCCGGCCGCCAGCUCGUGGAUGAACCCGGAAGCCACGACGGUCUCCUCCUCCUCGGCGUCCACGUCGAACGGAAAGGCCCGCGUGCGCAUCUCCACUCCCGAACGCUGGGAAUUGCGGCAAAUGCAGGGCGCCGGAGUGCUCGCCGCCACCGACAUGCCCGAUUUCGACGAGGAGAUGGGAGUGCUCAAGAAUUUCGAUGGUGAGUUUCAAAUUACAUAAACAACUGCCUGAAACGGUUUCGAGUAAAACUUUGUUCAAAUUUGCAGAAGAAAGCGACGGCGAAGACAUUGAAAUCGAGCUGGUCGAGGAGGAGCCGGACUUCCUUCGCGGAUACGGAAAGGGCGGCGCCGAGAUCGAGCCGGUGAAGGUGGUGAAGAAUCCGGACGGCUCGCUGGCACAGGCGGCGCUCAUGCAGGGAGCACUCUCGAAAGAACGGAAGGAGACGAAGAUCCAGGCGCAGCGGGAGCGGGACAUGGAGUCGUCGCGGGGCUUCUCCUCGAACGCACGCAUCCUGGAUCCGAUGUCGGGCGGGCAGACGACGGCGUGGUCGGCGGACGAGUCGAAGGAUCGGAACACGCGGAUGAAGGAGAUGCCGGAGUGGCUGAAGCACGUGACAGCCGGCGGAAAGGCGACGUACGGCAAGCGCACAAACAUGAGCAUGAUCGACCAGCGGGAGAGUCUGCCGAUCUUCGCGCUCAAGAAGAAUCUGAUGGAGGCGAUGAUCGACAACCAGAUUCUUGUCGUCGUCGGAGAGACCGGCUCGGGAAAGACGACGCAGAUGACGCAGUACGCGGUGGAGGCGGGGCUCAGCAGACGCGGAAAGAUCGGAUGCACGCAGCCGAGACGUGUGGCGGCCAUGUCGGUGGCGAAGCGAGUCGCCGAGGAGUACGGCUGCAAACUGGGUACGGAUGUCGGAUACACGAUCCGAUUCGAGGACUGCACGAGUCAGGACACGAUCAUCAAAUACAUGACGGACGGAAUGCUGCUCCGAGAGUGCCUCAUCGACCCGGACCUCUCCGGUUACUCGCUGAUCAUGCUCGACGAGGCCCACGAACGGACCAUCCAUACCGACGUUCUUUUCGGACUUUUGAAGGCAGCCGCCCGAAAGAGGCCCGAAUUGAAGCUGAUCAUCACCUCUGCCACGUUGGAUUCCGUCAAAUUCUCAGAAUAUUUCCUCGAGGCGCCGAUUUUCACAAUCCCCGGCAGAACGUUCCCCGUCGAGAUUCUGUACACGAGAGAGCCGGAAUCGGACUAUCUGGAGGCCGCGCACGUGACAGUCAUGCAGAUCCACCUGACCGAACCGCCCGGCGACGUCCUGGUCUUUCUGACGGGACAGGAGGAGAUCGACACGUCGUGCGAAGUACUGUACGAGCGGAUGAAGUCCCUCGGGCCCGACGUGCCCGAACUCAUCAUCCUGCCCGUCUACGGAGCCCUGCCCAGCGAGAUGCAGACGAGAAUCUUCGAGCCGGCGCCGGCGGGCAAACGGAAAGUCGUCAUUGCGACGAACAUUGCCGAGACGUCGUUGACCAUCGACGGAAUCUUCUACGUCGUCGAUCCGGGAUUCGUGAAGCAGAAGAUUUACAAUCCGAAGAGUGGCAUGGAUUCUUUGGUACGUUUGAGGGCAUUUUUUGCAAUCCUGGCUUCGACAGCUUCAUUUCAACGGGAAAUACGAAAAUUUCGAAUUAAAUCUGCCCUAAAUGCUGAAAAACGCUCAAUUCUAAACGAACUUUAAACAAACUAAGCGUUAUCAGGAUUAUAGUUUUGCUAAUUUAUAACGAAAAUCCUUGCAGGUAGUGACGCCGAUCUCUCAAGCGGCGGCGAAGCAAAGGGCGGGACGUGCGGGCCGAACGGGACCGGGAAAGUGCUACCGUCUGUACACGGAACGGGCGUUCCGCGACGAAAUGCUGCCGACGCCGGUUCCGGAGAUCCAGCGGACGAACCUCGCGUCGACACUGCUGCAGCUGAAGGCGAUGGGCAUCAACAAUCUGAUCGACUUCGACUUCAUGGACGCGCCUCCCCUGGACUCGAUGAUCACGGCGCUCAAUACGCUGCACACGCUCUCCGCCCUCGACGGAGACGGCCUGCUGACCAAGUUGGGACGUCGGAUGGCAGAAUUUCCACUGGAACCGUCGCUCGCCAAGCUGCUCAUCAUGUCGGUGGAUCUUGGAUGUUCGGAAGAAGUGCUGACGAUUGUGGCGAUGCUGAACGUGCAGAACAUCUUCUAUCGGCCUAAAGAGAAACAGGACAUGGCGGAUCAGAAAAAGGCAAAGUUCCACCAGCCGGAAGGCGACCAUCUGACGCUGUUGGCGGUGUACAACUCGUGGAAAAACCAUCACUUCUCGCAGCCCUGGUGCUUCGAGAACUUUGUGCAGGUGCGGAGCAUGAAGCGAGCACAGGAUAUCCGGAAACAACUAUUAGGGAUCAUGGACAGACACAAACUGCUGAUGAUCAGUUGCGGACGGGAUGUGUCGAGAGUUCAGAAGGCGAUCUGCUCGGGAUUCUUCCGGAAUGCGGCGAAACGCGAUCCGCAGGAGGGCUACCGUACGCUCACCGACGGACAGAACGUCUACAUUCAUCCGUCGUCGGCGUGCUUCCAACAUCAGCCCGAAUGGGUUGUCUAUCACGAAUUGGUGAUGACCACCAAGGAGUACAUGAGAGAGGUAAGGGGCUACUGUAGAACAAGUAGCUAUUGAUUUACUGGUUUCGACUUUCGAAUAUCGUAGCUCUUGUCUUAAAUUUGACUUGACUACUGUAUGAAUUCUUUGCGCUACUGCAGGUUUCUAGUGGUUACGGUGGCUGAACUUGAUUGGAUUACGAUGGGGUUACUGUACCUAGAAACUUGGUACAGCAACAGAAAUAUGUUUCAUGGUCCCUUUGAGAUAUUGUAGCUUUAAACUUGCAGGUGACCGCAAUCGACCCGAAAUGGCUCGUCGAAUUCGCGCCGUCGUUCUUCAAAAUCGGCGACUCGACAAAAUUGUCGAAUUUCAAGAGGAACCAGAAGAUCGAUCCGCUCUUCGACAAGUACGCGGAUCCGAACGCGUGGCGCAUCACUCGUGUCAAGAAGAGGAUAUACAAUCCGAACAAAUAA